UACCAGAACGACUUUCCAUUGGAGAAGAUUGAAUCACAGCUUAAUCGGUUCACCCUGGACAGCAAUGACAAUCUCAAGAGUGGACUGCGUAUCGAAGAGCUGCCCCAAGACGAAGUCACCCCCCAGCCCGGUGAGGUGAUUAUCUACGCUGCUCACUUCAACAAAGACCUGAGUGACACCUUCGGUGUCCCCUUCACGGUACGCAUUCGGAACCAAGAACCCUACAGUGCAGUGAAAGAACGCAUUCGGAAGCGUUUAGAAGUGCCCGACAAGGAGUUCGACGCCUGGAAUUUUGUCCUGGUGACCAGAUCCCAACCAAUAUCCAUACCGAGUGCACAGGAUAUUCUUGUGGACACUGGGAUUUUCGCCACAACCACCGCACCUCAGCCCUGGCUGGGCGUUGAACACAAACCCUACAAGAGACCUCGUUACGCUCCAAGCGAGAAACCGAUCAAAAUUCACAAUUGA